GUGAUUGUCACAAACUCUGUGCCGCAGAUUGAUCGUGCCAAGAAGUAUUCCAAGUUGUGCGUGGUAGAUAUCAGUCCCCUGCUGACUGAGGCCAUCCGCAGGAUCCACUUCGGAGAGUCCCUCUCCUUCCUGGGCAAAAACGUACCGUUGUAA